CCCAGGCAAUACUGCAGCUCAUGAGCUUUCCGACAGGGGCUACACUGAGUGUGCGUGGCCGGGAGCGUCCUAACGUAGCCAUUUAAAGUUAAAGGGAUGUGAUUGGUGGGAGUGAGAGCAAGCACGGCCAGCACGGAGAGGGAGCUUUGUAAAUAUAGACCAGCCAGGGCUUAUCCACAUCGACGAGAUUGAUUCAUGUGGAAUUUUCUCCUCCUCGCAAAGAAAAUUGGGACAACAGGAUGACCAGAGAAAGACCCAAGAGGAAUAUAAUUCACAAAAGAUUAGACUACGAUGAUGGAAUUCCGUGGUCAGAGGAGAGAGUUGUCCGAAAGGUCCUCUAUUUAUCAUUGAAGGAAUUUAAGAACUCUCAGAAGCGGCAAUAUGGUGAUAUCAAUGGAAGCAGUGAUAAGAUACAUGGGAAAGAUCUGAAUGGUUCUCUCAGCAAUGGUUCUUCAAAUGGAUCGAUACUGUCACCUGAGGUGGCAGUUGAAAAUGCAAAAGAGGAUAGGUUACACACUUCUCGGAAGGGAGAUGGAAAUGAUGCAAGCUCAUCGGAAAAUGAAGAUGGGCCAGUGAGAAAGAGGCCGAGACUGCAAGCACAAAGGAAAUUUGCCCAGUCACAGCCCAACUCCCCCAGCACAACCCCAGUCAAGAUGGUGGAUCCAGUCUUGCCACCACCUGCAACGCAGAUUAUUGAUCUUUCAAAACGAAAGCCCAAAACAGAAGAUUUCUUAACUUUUCUUUGCCUUAGAGGCUCUCCUGCCCUGCCGAACAACAUGAUGUAUUUUGGAAGUUCGCAGGAUGACAUUGAUGAAGUAGAAGAGGAUGAUGAGUGCGAAGAUGUCAAAACACUUCCAAACAAUGCUUCAUCUUCAUGCCAUUCAACACCGAGGAAAGGAAAACCACAGGGUAAACAAGUCCUCAAUGGUCAUGUUUUGAAUGGUUCUAGCAAGCUUAUGAGAGAGAAAGAAUCUAUCCAGAAACACAAAGAAAAAGAGGUCACGCCAGGGAAGGAGAAGAACAGUGAGCAAAAGGUUGAGUGCAAGAAGGAGCUGUGUUCAACAGGGACUGCUGCUAAUUCUUCACAAAUGCGCAGCUCAACAAAAGGCUCUGCUGCUAAUGGCUCAGCUGUUAUGAAACCAUCUCAGGAGCACCGAACACCACAGGUUUCAAAGGGGUUGAAUGGUAUUGCCCAAACCCCAUCGUUAGGCGCAACUGCAUCUAGUGCCAAAAAGACUAGGGAGGUCAGACCAUCACCGGCCAAACCUGUGAAGUACACUGCAACGGUGACAAAAGGAAAUGUUACAUACACCAAAGCCAAGAAAGAACCGGUUAAGGAAACCAAACUGAACCAUGUCAAUUCCAGUGUAGCUGUUAACCAUACAAUCUCAGGGAAAACCGAAAGCAGCAAUGCAAAAUCAAGAAAACAGGUGCUAUCCAAUGGAACAUCCCAUUCAAACUCAAAUGGUGCUGCCCUUAGUUGUGUUAAAUUAAAUGGAAAGAUGAAUGGGAAAACAUCUGCUAAAGUUGAAGUCAGAGAAUUUAAAGAAGGACUGCGGACCUCCAAGAGGAGGCAUGAGGAGGUCAACCAUAUAGUGAAACCACAGUCACCUUCAAAAAGAGUGAAAGCUAACACAUGUACAGCAGGAGCUAAAGAUAAUAAAGCAAAUACAAAAGAAAAAUCCCUACCUAAUGGACGAAUAAAGUAUGAAACACCAGUAAAAAACAGUGAAAGACAGAGGCUUAGGAAGGCAUCCUUAGGUAAGAACACCCCAAGCAAACAAGCACAGAGCAAAUUGGAAAGUGCCUCCAGUGAAAAUAGUUCUACCUCAGCUACAGAGUCCUUGCACAAGCCACAAGACUCUUCAGUAAAACAGGAGAAAGGCACCAAGGUUGGCAUGGCACUGGUUGGAGAAAUUCCUGUUCUCAGGCCUACACAGAAGGAGUUUCAUGACCCAUUAGUUUAUGUGGAAUCUGUCCGAACUCAGACGGAGAAGUAUGGCAUGUGCCGGGUGAUCCCUCCCUCUGACUGGAGACCCGAGUGCAAAUUGAAUGAUGAAAUGCGGUUUGUGACUCAGAUUCAGCAUGUGCAUAAACUGGGUAGACGCUGGGGACCCAAUGUACAACGACUAGCUUGUAUCAAGAAACACCUUAGAUCUCAGGGCAUUACUAUAGAUGAGCCCCCACUCAUAGGAGGAUGUGAGCUGGACUUGGCCCGGUUUUAUCAGCUGAUCAAUGACAUGGGCGGCAUGCAACAAGUGACUGACCUCAAAAAGUGGAAUAAGUUAGCAGACAUGCUGCGAAUUCCUAAAACUGCACAGGACAGGCUGGCCAAGUUGCAAGAGGCCUACUGUCAGUUCCUACUCUCCUAUGACUCCCUUUCCCAGGAAGAGCACAAGAAGCUGGAGAAAGAGGUAUUGAUGGAAAAAGAGAACCUGGAGAAGAGGAAAGGGCCCUUGGAAGCACAUUCGGACAGCACGUACAAGUCUCAGUCACUGCCCAGGUUUGAGCCAAAAAAUGGGCUGGUAAAUGGUGUGGUGCAUAAAAAUGGCUUCCGGAAUAAGCUUAAAGAAAUAGACACUGAAUUGAAAACAGGCAGGCGGCGAUUGUUUGCUCAGGAAAAGAAGGAGAGUGAAGAUGACGAAGUUCUCAGUGAUUUGUACAAGUGUAUAUAUAAGGGACGAUCUGUGUCACUGACAACAUUUUAUCGGACGGCUAGAAACAUGAUGAAUAUGUGCUUUAGUAAGGAACCAACAGCAGCUGAAGUGGAGCAAGAAUACUGGAGGGCUGUGGAGCAGAAAGACUCCCACGUAGCAGUGCAUUCUGGAAAAGUAGACACAAAAGCACACGGGAGUGGGUUCCCUGUUGGGAAAUCAGAACCUUUUUCAAGGCAUGGAUGGAACCUUACAGUCCUUCCUAAUAAUUCAGGGUCCAUCCUGCGACACUUUGGUGCUUUGUCAGGAGUGACGAUUCCUUGGCUAAAUAUUGGCAUGGUUUUCACUACCUCAUGCUGGUCACGAGACCAAAACCACCUUCCAUACAUUGACUACUUACACACUGGUGCUGAUUGCAUUUGGUAUUGUAUUCCUGCUGAGGAGAAGAGCAAACUUGAUGAAGUGGUGCAUACCCUGCUGCAAGCUAAUGGCACAUCAGGGCUGGACAUGCUUGAAAGUAAUAUAAUGAUCUCUCCAGAGGUCCUGUGUAAGGAGGGGAUCAAAGUAUGUCGUACUGUACAGCAGAGUGGCCAAUUUAUUGUAUGUUCUCCAGGAGCCUUCGUCUCCAAAGUGUGCUGUGGCUACAGUGUUUCAGAAGCUGUACAUUUUGCAACUACCGAAUGGUUAAAUAUGGGCUAUGAAGCUGCUAAGGACCUGAAACGGCGGUACAUUGCUAAUGCAUUUUCCAUGGAAAAACUACUUUACCUUAUUGCAACAGCAGAAUCGAAACGAGAAAGUGGGUCAACACUAAGCCACGUUUCUUCACUUUUGAAAGAACUCAGGGAUACAGAGUCGAGGCAGCGGCAGCAGCUGCUUGACGCAGGUUUGCAUUCGUCAGCUCGCUAUGGUAGCCAUGACAGCCACCUCUCCAUGAUGGAUAUGAAGAAAAAACCAAGGAAAUGGUCAGCCUCAGAAACAUCAGAGAGGAGAUGCCAAAUCUGCCAGCAGUUGUGUUACCUAUCCAUGGUGGUACAAGAAAAUGAGAAUGUUGUCUUCUGUCUCGAGUGUGCUCUUCGCCAUGUAGAAAAGCAGAAAUCUUGUCGGGGAUUGAAGAUGAUGUAUCGCUAUGAUGAGGAUCAAAUAAACAAUUUAGUCAAUCAAAUGUGUGGAAAAGCAGCAGCUAAUAGCAGCAACAACAAUACAAGUACCAGCAAGCCUGCACUGAAAAGAGGGCCUCGGAAACGAGCAACCAUUGAUGUGCCAGCAACUAGACUUUCAUCCUUGUCCAGAAGUGCUACAAGUUCCCCAUGAAGUUGCCAAGUCUUGUACUCAGUUGUUCUUUUUGUACUAUAAUUUGUGAGUACUUGCUAGAAGAAUGCAAGCUGUCUUUGCACUAGCUCUAAAGAUGACUUUUUUUUUAGGAAAAAAAAUUUGUUUUAGCAUUAAAAUGUUGGCUUAUUUUUAGGAACACCAGAACCACUGCAGUUGGCAGUAUUCCUUGGAAUGCAGUAGUGGUGUUUUCAUUCACUGUUUUAAAACCAAGUCAAAGGGCUGAACCGUAAUCCAAGUUUGCAUUUGCCCUUUUGGCUGAAGCAAACCUCUUUAAGUUUGAUUUUUUUUUUCUGUUACUGUGAACAGGUGGGAUGUUUUAAACCCGUUUGAACUAGGUUGAAGUUAAGUGCUGUAUGUUUUAUCUUGCAAUUUCAGUCAUGCGAGCAGCUUUUUGGAGGAAAGGGGAGGUAAAACUUGAAAGAAACUGCUUCAGUUUGGCUAAAUUUUAUGUUUUGGUUAAGUGUAAGCUGAAAAGUUUGCUUUUCUAUUUAGAAAAUUGUUCUAUUGUUUUUAGAGUCAUGGCAGCUGAUACUUGAUCUGGUUUACAAAGUAUAAAAAUGGUAAUUUUGAAAGUAAAGUAAAGGUGAUAUUUUUCUCCUUACCAGCACAUCACUAUGCAUCUGUAAUAAUAAGGCUGCCUGGCUGGAGGAAAUUGUGCCUGACUUUCAUUAGCAAAUCAUAAAGUUUUUGGUGCUGUCAAUCAUUUUAUCAGAGAACCCUACAAUGGUGUCCUUUAUCCAGUUCUUGAAGCAGGGCUCCCUGUUUCGCCUUUGUAGAUGUGCAAUCUUUGUGACAUUCCAUUUUAAUUCCACUUUCAUCUGUGUUCCUUCUACAUUCUUCCUUUUUUGAAUCAGCAUUAAUAUUCAGUUCAUUGAUGAGAUGGUCACAAUGGAGAGCCACUAGAGGACGUGCAUAUUUCUUUGUGAAAUGUGAAAAUGCAUCUCCUUCAUUUCUAUGUGUUAUACUUUCCAUAUUUGUAAAAAAAAUAAAGAUUAAAGAAGAAAAAAGAAAACAAAAAUAAAGUUUGUAUAUAUGCCUGUAAAUUGUUUUAAAUACUUGAGCCUUUUGUGGGGG